AUGUCGUUGGUGUUGUGGACGCGUUGCCUUUUAGGUCGGUACCUUCUCAUCGAUUGGCUAUGGCGUAAAAUGGCUUUUCUGAAACGGAAAAAAGUCAAGUUCAGCGUCGAUUUGCAGGUGUGCAACUUAAGCGACGUUCCACUGGUGAAUGCAGUCCUUUUUGCGAAGAUACGACUUCUAGAAGGAGGCACAUUUGAUGAUUGUACCGAACGUGUUGAGGAGCAGAAGGGAGGCAAAUCUUUUCUGAAACUUGGAUUUGUCGAUAUUAAUCUUUCUGAAUUUGCUGGGAGCGGUGUGGAAGGUGAGUUCUCGUGGUUUUUUUUUAGUUUCAUUUUGUGUUGCGAGAAAAAUUUUCUGCCAAAAGCCCUCUGUUCGGUAAUAGCUCGGGGUGGAAUAUUCGCGUUUUCUCCAUGA